ACAGACUUGGAGUUUCCAGUAUGGAAUGGGUAUGAAACAUUUCAGUGCAAUAUUGAGAUAGUCCCUAUUGCUCAAAUUCCAAUAGAGAAAGUAUUGAUGUAAUAUUGUAAAUCAGUAGUUAAUAUUGACUGAAGUAUAGACUAGAUUAAUUUAAACCAGAUUAAAAGCAAAAGAUGUCCAGAAGGACUAUCUCCAUUAUUUGAAAUGAGGGUGGCAUUUUCCUAAUGACCUACACUCACUGUCCAGGAAAUUAUGUGUCUAGCUACAAUAACAGCAUCAGAAUUGAAUAAGGAUGUGAGAGAAAAAGUUCUAUUUCCAUCUCUGAUUUUGUAGCAAUGACAAUGCAGUUCAUAAGCCAUCGGUUCCCUGACUAUCACGAUCCAACUAUUGAGGAUGCCUAUAAAACUCAAGUCCGAAUUGAUGAUGAACCAGCCUACUUGGACAUUCUAGACACUGCUGGACAGGCAGAAUUCACAGCCAUGAGGGACCAAUACAUGCGAGGCGGAGAAGGUUUCAUUAUCUGCUAUUCCAUCACAGACCGUCAAUCUUUUCAAGAAGCUGCUGAGUUUAAGGAACUAAUUUAUCGUGUUCGGCACACCUAUGACAUCCCCUUGGUGCUGGUGGGGAACAAAACAGAUCUUGAGGAGUUUAGACAGGUUUCAACUGAAGAAGGAAUGAGCUUAGCCAGAGCAUAUUCUUGCUCCUUUUUUGAGACUUCAGCGGCCCUUCGCUUCUAUAUUGAUGAUGUGUUUCAUGGACUAGUGAGGGAAAUUCGAAGGAAAGAGUCCUCACUGACUGUGGCAGAGAAGAAAAUGAAGAGGAAGGAUAGUCUCUGGCGGAAGCUGAAAGGUUCACUGAGGAAAAAAAAGGAAAGUACAACUUGAUGGAAAUUCCCCAGGAGCCACCCCUCAGGAGCUGUCCACAGCAACCUACAACUGUUCAAAAAAGGCAACAUUAACACAGCAUCUUCCAGAGCAGAUCCUGGAGUUCUGUCCCUUCAGCACUCAUGCAGAAGUAGUAGCUCCUUGAAGGCCCAACUUGUGUCACCCUGUGGCUCCUCUGUAUUAUAGAUCAAGUCACUUAGCAUACCCUCUCAACCCUUCUUUUCAAAUCUGAGUGGAGAAAAUACUGGUCUGUUGUUAUGUGGUCCCUGGAUGGUCUUCUUUCUCUGUGGCCCCUGGUUAGGACUUAAGCUAGCAGCCAGUGCAGAUCCAGCUACCAACAAUUCUAGAACUAGGGAUGUGUCUAUCACCUUUUCUCUUUGCAUGCAUGAAUCAAUUCACUAUCCCAGUAAUGAAUAACAUAUCUUUCAGCAGACAUUUUGGCUGUUGAAAGGGUUUAGGAUUUGACCUUCAGCUUUUCUUUCACUUGUAGUUUUAGGAUUAGACUGUGCUCAGCCCAUGUGUGCAUAUGAACUGGGACUAGAAUUCUGGAGGCUCUCAAUUUUGAUUCUCUUAGAGCCCCAUCAUGACUGUUCUUUCCAUUUAGCAGGAAGGGUUGGCAAGUGCAGCAUAACUCCCACAUCAGACAACCAGAAGGCUGCAGGACUACAGCUCUAUCUCCUCCACUUAUUACUAAUCACAACUGGCAAGCAGAGGUACAUUUUCUUGCAGACGUAGUAAAUUGACCACACUCCUGCAGCAGAAAAAGGAGUGAUAAAUAAAUAAAUAAAUAAAUAAAAUACUCUCAGAUACUUUCCAGAGCCCUCCUCCCCUGCCCCCCACCCAGAGCGGUGCAGACCUGUUCCACUGUAACACCUGCAAUAUAGCAUUCAGUCCUCAACUUACUAUUCCUUGACCAUCCAAGUGAGUCAUUUGAUUGAUCAAAUGGGAGAGUCUUUUAAACAUUCCUUUUUAAAGCUGGCAAGAAAUAGAAUAUAGUCUCAUUGAUUUUUUUUUUCCCAGACUUCUUUGAAUAUUGAAUUUAUUUAUAAAUUUUACAAUUAAAUCAUGCAUACAUUUUGUUGAAGAAUAAAGAUCUUGAAUUCCAUUAAGCUAUGUUAGUAUUCAGGGUCAUUUGUGUCUGUUCUGUGAUAAUUGACAUCAUUAGAAAAAUAUGAGGACUGCUUACUAAUUUUAUUUUUUAUCAUUUUUCUUCUUUGACUCUUUUUCAUCAUUUGGACAAAGUAAUAAUAUUUUGGAGGAAAAAAAAAUAAUUAUAUUUUGGAACUGGGGGUAGCUUAUUUGUUUUGCUGUGUUAAGUAUGAAAAAGUUAUGGUUUUAUUAAAAAUUUCAGUUCAUUAAAA